GACAUUCGGCCCACCGCUGCUUCCCCACUCACACUGAAAACCUGCUCACAGCACACACUUUCUGAACAAAACGCUAAUUAUUCUUCAUUUUCAGCACACACUCCAGUCCACUGAGAGACAAACAGGAUGGCGGUGAUGGUGCUGCAGGUGCUGGGCUUGUUUCUGGGGAUCGUGGGCUGGUGUUUGGAGUCCAGCUCUAUAAACUCGUCUGUGUGGAAGAGCAGCAGUCAUGGGGAAGCGGUGGUGACGGCCAGCUCGCAGUUCGAAGGCCUCUGGUUCUCCUGCGCCUCAAACUCACUGGGAGCCAUUCACUGCCAGAGGUUCAAGACCACUCUGGGUCUGCCAGGAUAUAUCCAGGCUUGUCGGGCUCUGAUGAUCAUCGCUCUGAUUCUGGGUCUGCUGUCUGUGGUUCUGGCCUCGAUGGGACUCAAGUGCACUAAACUGGGCAGCACGUCUGAGGAGGCCAAGGGCAAAAUCAGCCUGACUGCAGGAAUCAUGUUCAUCCUGUCAGGUUUGUGUGUUAUCGUGGCCGUGUCGUGGUACGCUGCUCGAGUCGUCCAGGAAUUUAAUGACCCGUUUUAUGGAGGCACAAAGUAUGAACUGGGCGCGGGUCUGUAUCUGGGAUGGGCGGCAGCUGCUCUGUGUAUAUUAGGAGGAGGAACUCUCUGCACUUCCUUUAAAGGUUCAUCUCCUGCACAAACACGGGGCCCGGGCUACAACUACAGCGCUGCACAGCCUCAGAAGAUUUACAGAUCUGCUCCAUCAGACAACAGCAUCACCAAAGCAUAUGUUUAAGACUGACUUUAUUUUGAGCUGUCUUUCAUUUUUUUGUACAUGGACCCCAUUUAAUUGCAUCUUAAAAGUCAACACACUUAACCUUUGAAAAAAAAAAUACUGUGGUAUUACUCUUAUAGUAAUGCGUACAUGUGCUAAAAUUUGCUUUAUUUGUAUUUUUUUCUGUCAAAGCUGCAUUUAGGCUUAACUUUUAAUAAGAAAAUGGUUGAAUUCGUUAUAUUAUUUUGGUUUUUUGAUUUACUACAGCACUAUAAUACAUUUCCUGUAUUUGUAUAUCAUUAUUAUAUGUUCUUUUCAAUAUUAAUUUCCUAACUGUUUUAAAUAAUAACACGCUUUGGCCACUCAUGUGUCAUAAAAGUAUGACUUUUUUUAGCUCUGUUCUUAUUUUUUUUGUUUCAUUUUUAAAUCUACUAGAAUUUGAUCAAAAAUACAUAAAAAUGCUAAUAAUUAAAAAUAUUAAUACAGUUCUCACUGCGUUAAUCUUGAAUCAAUUUUAUGUAACUUCCUCAUUGUCAGCGAAAUAUAAUUCAGCUUUGUCUCAGAUAUGAAAUGCUUAUUUCAUCAUCAGUUCCCUUCUGUAUGUUUGUUUCUCAUUAAAUCUCAACUUCCGCAUUCCUAUCAUGUAUAUUGUCAUGUUAUAUGGAUCAUGUUUAGUGCGUUAUAUAAAUGUUACAUUGUCUGUUCUGCUCUUUUUUUCCUUACUUUAUGUUUUAGCCAUUUCUGUAAAUAAUAAAAAAAUCUGUGC